AUGUCGAACGCCUACACACAAGGCAACAGGAAUGGCAACCUCGCUCCUCGAGACUCGCUAGAACUCGCCUCCCUCGCAUCCUCGUCCCCCGUCUCUGUAGGCUCCUCGCGCUCCUCCUCCCCAGAUGGCAUCUCCUCAUCCCGCAAGCUCUCCCUCGAGGACGAAGAUCCCCUAGGGGAGUCGCAUCGGGAUGUCGAACUCGAAUCGGGUCACCAGAGGGGUCUCCGGUCAUAUUCCAUUUCCUCGGCAUUUGAUUUUGGACGUACGCUUUUCCCGCUGUCGCAAACACAGGGCGGAUAUGCGCCGGUUGGGACUCCGUCGGCGGACCGACAGGUGGAUGGAUCGCUGGAGCGGAAUAAGACACUGACAUAUUUGAAUGGGCUGUCGCUUAUUGUUGGGCUCAUUAUUGGUUCUGGUAUCUUCUCUUCGCCGAGUCAGGUCAAUGCCAACGCCGGGUCGCCAGGCGCCUCGCUCAUUGUUUGGGCUGUGGCUGGUCUAUUAGCCUGGACGGGUGCUGCGAGCUAUGCGGAGCUGGGAGGAGCUAUUCCGCUCAAUGGUGGCUCGCAGAUUUAUCUGUCCAAGAUCUUUGGAGAGCUCCCGGGUUUCCUCUUUACAUGGUGUGCCGUGUUGGUGUUGAAGCCUGGGUCUGCGGCGAUCAUAUCGAUCAUCUUCGGUGAAUAUGUCGUGCGUGCCUUUGUGGGUGCCGAUGUGGGAGAUGUCAGUCCCUGGAUCAAUAAGGGUGUUGCAUUUGGUGGCCUUUUGACGGUCACUCUGUUCAACUGUAUAUCCACCAAGUUCGCAACCCGUAUUGGAGAUAUGUUCAUGUUCUUCAAAUUUGUGGCUCUGUUGGGAGUCACCGUCAUUGGUGUUAUAGUCGCCGUGACUGGCCUUUCGUCCGGAGGAGAUGCGAAUGAGGAAUGGAAGACGACAGGAUGGUUUGAGGGCACCAACACGGAGAUCUCAGACUUUGCAGUUGCCUUGUAUGCAGGACUAUGGGCAUUUGACGGCUGGGACAAUACCAACUACGUGACUGGCGAGUUCAAGAAUCCCAACCGCGACCUGCCUCGGGUCAUCCACACAGCGAUGCCACUGGUCAUACUGUCAUAUCUACUCGCAAACGUCUCAUACUUCCUCGUUCUGCCUCACUCCACUAUCGAGGCAAGCAACACCGUCGCUGUGCAAUUCGGCGCAAAAGUCUUCGGCGCUGCAGGAGCUUUAAUCCUCGCUCUAGUCGUCUCAGCCAGCUGUUUCGGAGCCCUUAACGCAACAACCUUCACAAGCGGUCGUUUAGUCUACGCAGCCGGAAAAGAAGGCUACCUCCCUUCAUUAUUUGGCCGCAUUGGCCUCUCCGCCACUCCAUCAACAGGUCCCCCAGCAGGCAGCCGACUACGCCGCCGCUCUUGGGCUCGCAAAUCUCUCUCCCGAGUCUUCGGUGAUCAAGCCACCCUCGGCCUCACACCCAUCUAUGCCAUGGCCUUCAACGGCGCUCUCACUACCAUAUACAUCGUUGUCGGCGAGUUCGGCACCCUGGUUACUUUCUACGGUGUAGCAGGAUACACCUUCUACUUCCUCACGGUACUCGGUCUCAUUGUCCUCCGCAUCCGCGAACCACACCUGGAACGACCUUACCGCACCUGGAUCACUACCCCAAUCAUCUUCUGCUGCGUCAGUCUAUUCCUCCUUAGCCGAGCAGUCAUCGCCGAACCCCUGCAAACCCUCAUCGUGGUCGCGUUCAUCAUCACCGGUGUACCAGUCUACUACUGGCGUAUCCACAAGCGAGAUGGCCGCAUCGACUUCCCCAGCUGGAAAUUCUGGAAGCGUGGUUCCCGAUAA